UCUCCAUGGGCUGGCGAUGCUUGUUUACUCGGCACAGCCAGAAGAAGUUUGCGUUUGGUCUGUUGGUUCGAGGCUUUUCGAUACCGCUUGGUCGUCCGUCUUUUUUUUUGGUGUUGCUCUACCUACCAGAGAAAAAAUAAAUUGCAAUUCAUUUUUGCUAAAGAAGCACACGAAAGAAAGAAAAAACAAAAAACAGAGACGUUGUUGAGAAAAACAAAAUAUUGGGAGAAAACAAUCACUUUGGAAUGUGUUGAAGCCAAAGGGAAGAAAAAAAACCUUCAAGGAUUUUAUGGCAUUGUUGAUCAAUUUUGCGCCUGGUGUUCUGAUAAUUUAUUAAAUAUUUUGAUUUAUUUUUUUCCUUUCGUGAAAUGGGGACGUGCUGAUUUUCUUCUUGCGGGGAGCCUGCAAUAUUAACAACAACAAAAAGAACGCAGGAAGCCAAAGGAAAAUCAAGUUUGGAUCAUCUUGGAAAGGAUUUUGUGGCUGAUUGAUUUUCUCAACAGAUUGGAUUUUUCCCCCCUUCCUCUUCUCAGGACCUGGUAAAUGUGACAGGGUUUAAACAAAAAAACCCAUCCCAAACAAUUGCAUCUUGUUGCAAUGAUAUCAUCCGGUGAAAAGGAAAUUACAACUAAAAACAGUGGAGUUUGAGGAUGAAAUAAAAGCAAAGGAAAUGAGGGGUUUCUUGAACAGGGCAGUGAAGCCACAACCUUUGCAACUCAAAUGUGAUUUCCAGAGAAGAUCUUGUCUUUGAAGGGGGAACAAAAGAUUGGAGAAAGCUUCUUCAGCUGUGGUGGAAGAAAUAAUCCUGCAAAUAAAUUAAGAGGAGAAAAAGCUGUAAAAUCUGUAACAAACUCCCAAAAAAGACUGGAGAAUAAGGGCCGAUUAAUCUUAUUUUCCUUCUCUCUCAUGGACAAAGUGAAGGAUUUGAUCCAGUCUAACUGUCUUGUGGAAAGAAAACUCAAGAUUUUUAUCUGUGUUGGGGACAGUUGUACUUUUUAUUUGCGAGAUUUAAAAACAAAUUAUAUUUUUCCUCCUUCUCCUCUUUCCACCCCUAAGUAACCUCGAAAAAAAUCCAAAAAAACUCAACUUUUAUUGCAGGUUGUCCUUCAACCCUGCGUUUUGUUUUGGUUUUUAUUCUGUUCCAUACAAGGGUUGUUUGUGUGUGGGAGUUAAUUUUGAAAUAGGAAGAUUUCAGACCCAGAAUGGGAAUAAAGACUUUGAUAUUGACCUCGGUGACUCUCUUCAUUCUGGCCAACACUGGCCCAACAGAAGCAAAAAUUUGUCAAAGCCUAGAUAUUCGAAACAACAUGACACACUUGGAGCAGCUAAGGAACUGCACUGUCAUCGAGGGGAAUCUGCAGAUCCUGCUGUUGUUUGGCUCAAAACCUGACGAUUUCCGUGGUCUGAGCUUUCCUGAACUCACGAUGAUAACUGAUUACUUACUUCUGUUUCGUGUCUACGGCCUAGAAAGCUUGAAGGACCUCUUCCCAAACUUGACUGUGAUUCGUGGCACACGCCUCUUCUUCAACUAUGCGCUGGUCAUCUUUGAGAUGCUGCACUUCAAAGAAAUAGGCCUGUACAACUUAGUGAACAUCACCCGGGGCGCUGUACGAAUUGAAAAAAACCCAGAGCUUUGCUACCUGUCCACUCUUGACUGGUCAAAGAUUCUCGACUCAGUGGAGGACAAUUAUAUCAAGUUCAAUAAGGAUGACAGAGAGUGUGGUAAUGUGUGCCCAGGCACACUGCAAGGAAACACCAAAUGUGCCCAGACCGUCUUCAACGAUCAGUUUAACCACAGAUGCUGGACGAGUGACCAUUGCCAAAGAGUUUGCCCCUCUGAGUGCCGUCGCAAAGCCUGCACUCCCGGCGGUCAGUGCUGUCACGAUCAAUGCUUGGGAAGUUGCAAGGCACCGGGCAACGCGGCCAAGUGCGUGGCCUGCCGGCACUACGACUAUCAAGGCAGGUGUAUCCCCGUCUGCCCUCCAGGCACCUACAGGUUCGAGGGGUGGCGCUGCGUGAACUUCUCCUUCUGUCAAAUGCUGCGCAAUGAAUGCAAAACUUCCAAGGAGACGGAGUGCUCUGGUCACGUCAUCCACAACGGGGAAUGUAUGUCUGAGUGCCCCUCAGGAUACAUCGUCAACUCUACCAGCCUUCUUUGUUCGCCUUGUACUGGUCUUUGCCCAAAGAUAUGCUCGGUGAAUUUAAAGAACAUAGAAUCUGUGACAGCUGCUCAAGACCUCCGAGGCUGCACCGUCAUCAAAGGCAGCUUGGUCAUCAACAUCCGCGGAGGAAUCAAUAUUGCAGUAGAGCUGGAAGCAAACCUGGGUCUGAUCGAAAUCAUCACUGGCUACCUGAAGAUCCGCAGCUCCUAUGCUUUGGUGUCACUAUCCUUUUUCCGCAGCCUGCGCUUGAUCAAAGGUGAAAUUGUGGAACCAGGGAAUUAUUCCUUCUACGUAUUGGACAAUCAGAACCUGCAGCAACUGUGGGAUUGGGAGAAGCACAAUCUGACUAUUGCCCAGGGCAAGAUGUUUUUCCACUUCAACCCGAAGCUGUGCCUGUCCGAAAUAUACAAAAUGGAGCUGGCCUCAGGGACCAAGGGGCGACAGCAGAAAAUGGAUAUUGCUCAAAAAACUAAUGGAGACCAGGCAUCAUGUGAAACCCAGCUCCUGAAGUUUGUUUUCAAUAAAACCACAACUGACAAGAUUGUGUUGAAGUGGCAGCCAUUUUGGCCACCAGACUUCAGAGACCUCCUGGGUUUCAUGAUAUUCUACAAGGAGGCCCCUUUCCAGAACGUGACUGAGUUUGAAGGGCAGGACGCCUGCGGAACAAACAGUUGGAAGGUGAUAGACGUGGAGCCUCCCGGGCGAUCAGAAGGGAAAAUGAGUAAUCCGGGAACGCUGCUUCUCGGCCUCAAACCCUGGACGCAGUAUGCAAUCUUUGUCAAGACCCUACUCACGAUAAGUGAUGAGAGGCACAAUCACGGAGCCAAAAGCGAGAUUGUCUACAUUCGCACCACAGCAGGCAUUCCUUCCGUGCCACUGGAUCCAAUAUCAGUGUCCAACUCCUCUUCCCAGAUCAUCUUGAAGUGGAAGGCCCCAACAGACCCUAAUGGCAACAUCACUCACUACCUGGUGUUCUGGCAGCAGCAGCCUGAGGACAGUGAACUGUAUGAGUUUGAUUACUGCCAGAAGGGCUUAAAGUUGCCAUCGCGAGCGCCUACAACUCACAGUGAUCCUGAGGAUGGCCAGAACCAAAACCAGACUGACAUUUGUCACGUCUUGGGUGAAUGCUGCGCAUGUCCCAAAACAGAGUCGCAGCUCAAAAGGGAAGCUGAGGAGGCUGCUUUUCAGAAGAAAUUUGAAAACUACCUGCACAAUGAAGUUUUCAUGAUCAGACCUACACCUCACGAGAGUGAUACUAAAGACAGUAGGCCUUCCCGGAAACGCAGGGAACUGGGAACGCUGUCGAACAGCAGCAUUCUUGCAUUGACCACACCUACCUCCGUCAUUAACGCAUCGACAACUAAAUCACCAGAGCAAGAGUAUCCAAAAUUAUCAGAGAAGAUGUGGAUGAAGGAGUCUCUGGUGAUCUCCAACCUGCGCCAUUUUUCAGGAUAUCGCAUUGAAAUUCACGCAUGCAACCAUGACACGGAAACCGUGGGAUGUAGUGUUGCGGCUUACGUUAGUGCAAGGACCAUGCCUGAAGCAAAUGCUGAUGACAUUGUGGGUCCAAUCACACACAAGGUUGUGGAUAAAGUGGUUCAUAUCAAAUGGGACGAGCCAAGGGAUCCAAAUGGUCUCAUUGUGCUGUAUGAAGUAAAUUACAGACGACUUGUAGACUCUGAAGAAACGACGCAGUGUGUGUCUCGUAAACGAUACCUCGCUGAGCAAGGGUGCAAGCUGAAAGUGCACCAUCCCGGGAACUAUACUGUGAAAGUACGGGCUACGUCACUGGCCGGAAAUGGUUCAUGGACAGAGGCGUUCUCCUUCUGCAUCCAGGAUUCAAACACGAAUCACAAUAAUGACAUUUACAAGAUAGUUGGGCCAGCAAUCCUCGCCAUUCUGCUCAUCAUCGUAGUUCCCGUUGUCUUUCUGGUGGUGAGGAAGAGACGAACAGAAUUACCUACAGGAAUGUUUUACACUUCUUCAAAUCCGGAAUACAUUAGUGCCAAUGAUGUCUACGUUCCAGAUGAGUGGGAGGUCGCACGUGAUAAGAUAGAGCUGUUGAGGGAGCUGGGGCAAGGUUCUUUCGGCAUGGUCUAUGAAGGGAACGCAAAGGAUAUCGUAAAGGGAUACCCGGAUACUCACGUGGCAGUGAAAACUGUUAAUGAGUCUGCCAGUCUCAGAGAACGCAUCGAGUUUCUGAAUGAGGCGUCAGUGAUGAAGGCAUUCACCUGUCACCAUGUGGUCCGUUUGCUUGGUGUUGUAUCAAAGGGGCAGCCUACACUGGUUGUCAUGGAGCUGAUGACCCACGGGGAUCUGAAGAGUUACUUGCGCUCAUUGCGGCCAGAUGCUGAGAUUAGACCAGACCGUGAACCCCCCACCCUGAAGGAGAUUAUUCAGCUGGCCGCUGAGAUUUCGGACGGAAUGGCUUACCUGAACGCUAAAAAGUUUGUCCACAGAGAUCUGGCGGCUCGAAACUGCAUGGUGGGAGAGGAGUACACAGUAAAAAUUGGAGAUUUUGGAAUGACCAGAGACAUUUAUGAGACAGACUACUAUCGUAAAGGUGGCAAAGGUUUGCUCCCAGUGCGGUGGAUGGCUCCUGAAUCCCUGAAAGAUGGAGUGUUUACGACGUUCUCUGAUGUUUGGUCAUUUGGAGUUGUGCUUUGGGAGGUCAGCACUCUAGCAGAGCAGCCAUACCAGGGUCUAUCAAACGAACAAGUUCUUAAAUUUGUCAUGGACGGAGGCUAUUUGGAUCGUCCAGACACCUGUGCUGAUAGAAUACAUACCCUGAUGCAGAUGUGUUGGCAAUAUAACCCAAAGUCAAGGCCCACUUUUGUGGAGAUUAUUACCAUGCUGAAAGGCGACCUUCACCCAAGUUUCCACGAUGUCUCCUUCUACUACAGUGAGGGUAACAAGCCUCCCGACACGGAGGAGUACGACAUGGAUUUUGAGAAUAUGGAAAGCAUUCCUCUUGACCCUUCUUCUUACUCACAGACAGAACCCCCACUGAGUCACAGCCGAGACAAUGGGCCCAAUAUGGGCCUGAGGGGCAACUAUGACGAACAUAUACCAUACACUCAUAUGAACGGAGGCAAGAAGAAUGGCCGAAUAUUGUCCUUGCCAAGGUCAAGCCCUUCGUAACAUUUCCUCUACCUCCUAUUUCUUUAUCAUUUUCAUGUAUUGGGCCCGUAGUAUCUCAGGACUCAAUUAUGGCUGCCACAGUUUGCCACGUAAGGAAAAGGACCUUGCAUUCGUUAAAAAAGAAAUCAUUUUUCUGCCAAGUGGCUGGUUAUAUAAAUGAAUCAAACUGUGAAGAGACAAA